AUGGUGAUCCACCGUCUCCUGCAGCUGACUUUCGCGUUGGUUGCUCACGCUGCAACCAUAAACGGUAGACAUGAAGCUUCUACAGUAACCAGGCGAUCGGCUGUGCUCUACCAAAACGAUGGCAAUUGGACGACUCACGCGGAAACCCCGAGCUCUAUCCUAUUCUUCAACCCCAUUUCGCUUUCUGAAGCGCGGCAAAUAUGUGCCGAGAAUAGUGAAGCUCUGCUUCAUGCUUCAGAUCUUGACAAGUUCAAAAUUCCACUGCAGUACCAAACCUAUCUAGGCAACACCGGGCCCAAGACACAAUUUUGGACGGCUUCAUCAUCAGACCAUAGUUUUUCUGAGACCCGCACUUUCAUUUGCACCAAUACCGCUCCAUUAGUUGAUAAAGUUGAGACGCCAUUUUAUCUCUUUCCCAAGGUCAAUGUGUCUAGCAACGGCAGUACCUACAUUGGUGUCCGUGAUCACAUUGCGUAUCGUUUUCUCGGAAUACCCUACAUUCUUCAACCCGUAGGCGACCUCCGUCUCGCGUAUCCUAUUCAGUGGUACACCAAUGAGACGGAUCAUGUCCUCAAUGCUACAACUUAUGGCCCGACUUGCCCAGCAAACGGUGGCUUUUAUGAUGGAAACUCGUAUGGAUUGAAUCCAUGGGGGAAUUCAGAAGCCUGUGUUUUGAUGAAUAUUUUCACUCCUUACCUACCCGGAAGCGAAAACCCGUCUGAUAAGAAUUUGAAGCCUGUUUUGUUCUGGCUGCAUGGUGGUGGAAGUACGGCAAUGGAUGCAACCUAUGAUGGUGUCAGUUUGGCUUCGCGUUCUGAUGUAGUUAUUGUUAGUAUAAAUUGGCGCGGUGGAAACUUUGGCACAUUAUCUUUCGACGACGGCUAUGUUGAUGGCAACUAUGGAAUUGCGGAUAUUGUUACCGGCUUGCAAUGGGUUCAAGAUCAUAUCAAAGCCUUUGGUGGAGACCCUAAAAAGGUCACAAUCUUUGGACAAAGUGCCGGUGGAGAGAGCGUCGUCAAUAUGAUUCGGUCACCAAAAGCUGCCGGUCUCUUUUCUGGUGCAAUUGUUCAAAGCGGAGCUCUGGGACCGGCAUAUACCCAGGACGAGAUUGCCAAUGUUACCGUACCCGCCGUGGCAGCGGUUUGCGGAAACUCUACCGGAGCUGCACGCCUCUCGUGCCUUCGAAGUUUGGGCACUGAUGAAUUCAUGAACAAUAUAACUUGGAGUAUCGGUCACGGAUAUGCUAAUUUUGACAACGGUGCCAUCAUUGACGGCAUCUGGAUUGCUAAUCAGACUGUGGCGGCCGCCCGAAAUGGUCAACUGAACCGAGUUCAUUACAUGGCUGGAUCGAUGCCGGAAGAAGGUGAAUCACUUUUAGGCACUGCUAUCGUUCAGAACGCUACCGAUUUUAAUGCGACGCUUUACUCUAUUGUUGGCCCUGAUAUCCCGGUAGCGUGGCCGCCGCUGGUGGAAAAGUCUGGCCUGUGGAAUAAUGGCACAGACCCAAUAAAUGCGUAUAAUAACACUAUCAACGCCUAUACAACGGCACAUCUUACAUGCCCUGGCGAGCAAUUCAUCCAGGCUGCACAUGAAGCAAACGCGUUCAAGUCAUACUACUAUUAUAACAACCUGCGUGCCUACGCCCUUUCAUACUAUGACCCCUAUACUUCAUGUACCUUUCCAGUCGACAAGCCCAACACCCCUUACUACCGCUGCCACUCAGGCGAUAUUUACCAAGUCUUUGGUACAUACUACAUCUUUGACCAGCCCAUUCGUACAGCCGCCGAUAUUGGCCACACAAAUCUCCAGCAGGACAUGUGGGGGGCGUUUGCUCGCACGGGGGAUCCCAAUCCUGCAAAGGAAUACCUUCGAGCGCGAGGCUAUACAGACAGUCUAGCGCUUUUUGAGAAGUUUCACUGGCCGGAAUUUAACGGGCGUGACUCUAUGAAUAUUGAUUUUCCGGAACCGUUUAUUAGCGAUUUGCCAUGGAAGGAGAAAUGCGGUGUUGUGGAGCAGUUGUUUCAACUUCCUUGA